AUGGCGAACUCAGUAGAAGCCAGUCCUCUACCCAAGAUCUCCCGACACAUUACCGACCAUGACAAGAACGGCAAAGCCAUAAUAUCCUCCUCCCUCCCCUCAGAAUCUACCUGGACCGGCGUCCAAGGCGCCAAAUUCUUCCUCGGAUACUGUACCACCAAAUUCCCCGUAAACAUGAGUUCCAACCAAGACAUUUCCCGCUACACCAACUAUCUAUCCUCGCCACCCGGCUUAGUGGUUCCCGGCGGCACGGUUCUUCGAGUUGUGGAUAUGGAGCCCGGCCACGUAUCUCCGAUGCAUAGGACGACGAGUUUGGAUUAUGGGGUUGUGAUUGAGGGGGAGGUGGAACUGCUCCUGGAUGGAGGUGAGAAGAGAAUCAUGAGCAGAGGUGAUAUUUGUGUGCAGAGGGCCACGGCCCAUGCGUGGAGAAAUUGUAGUGAAACGGAGUGGGCGAGGAUGCUGUAUGUAUUGACGGAGGCGGAAAUGGUGGUUGGGGAAGAUGGGAAGGGGCUGGAGGAGGAGUUGGGGGAGAUGGAAGGGGUGAGGAGGAGUGGGUAG